AUGAUCCUCCCAGUUACAUUAUCGCAGCUGCAAGGCAAGGUGGCCUUGACUCUCUCAAAUACACGGCUGCUCUAUGCACUCGUUUCAGAAACACGUCGCUAUUCUUCUGUACUGGAUUCCAUCAUAGAUGCUGCUGGUUUGUUCCGCGCUGAAAAAAAGCUGCAGCCACAUCUGGCCAAGGUGUUGGUAUAUGACUUACUCAUUGGCAAGGGACUUCAUGGUGGAGGACGUGGGAAGGCCCUGGUAUUGAAGCAUCAUGCGCGUCUCCAGGCUGAGCUUGCCCGCUUGAAGGUCCAGAAAAAAGUGAGCCGCAAUGAAGAUCUUCUGCCACCAGCUGGAGACUCUGACAAAGCACUUCAGAUGCCGCGCUAUGUCCGAGUGAAUUUAUUGAAGACAUGUGUGGAUGAUGUCGUUGAUUACUUCAAGCGCCAGGGCUACUCUUACCAGGGCAAAGCAGCCCGUAUGGAGGAAGCGAUCUUAUCCAGGAAGAAAUUCCUGCUGGACCUCCAUCUUCCUGACCUGCUGAUCUUCCCUCCUCAGUCAGACCUUCAUGAAAACCAGCUCUAUCAGGCUGGGCAUAUCAUUCUCCAGGACAAGGCCAGCUGCCUCCCAGCCUUUGUCCUGAACCCCACUCCAGGGUCCCAGGUGAUUGAUGCCUGUGCUGCUCCUGGCAACAAAACCAGCCAGCUGGCUGCCAUCAUGAAGAACAAAGGGCGGAUCUUUGCCUUUGAUCUGGAUGCCAAGCGGCUGGCCACCAUGAGCACUAUGUUGGUACGGGCAGGGGUCGCCUGCCAUGAGCUGGCACACCAAGACUUCUUAGCAACAGAUCCCACUGAUUCCAAGUACAGCAAAGUGAGAUACAUUCUCUUGGAUCCUUCAUGCAGUGGCUCAGUUCUGCAGUGCUGCUUUCGGAGGCUGACAGUAAAUUAGAAACAAAUCCCAAUCCAGCAACCAGAAAACGAAAAAAGAAGAAGACACAAACGGCUUUUCCCAAUAAGUGAAAUUCUUCCAUGGCUUACUGGUCUUUAUCAAUGGAGUUUGCAAGAGAAAAGGCCUUGGAUGGAAAUAAAAGUCAACUUUUUAAUCAAGUCAGCGUGGACAUACUAAAAUGGGAACUUGCAGAAUAUCAGGUUUGGCCAAAAAUAUUGUAAACCAAGAUCAUAUGAGCACAGGAUAUUGCAAUAACCAUAAAUGCGGGGCAACUGCUGAGCGCCCAAAAUGCAGUCAGGACUCUGGGGCUGGGGGCAUCCACCGGAACUGUAAUUACUUGGGGUGGGUGGGUGUAUCUGUGGAAGACCACC